GUGCUGAAUGACAAUAUGACCUUCCAGAAUGUGGCAAUAGGACUGAUGUUCUUAUCACAGGUUGCUGUUGGAAUUCUGGGAAAUUUCUCUCUGUUUUAUUAUUAUUUAGUCCUUUCCUGCAAUGACUGUACAGUAAGGUACACAGAUAUGAUUCUCAAGCACCUAAUUAUAGCCAAUUCCUUGAUCAUUCUCUUUAAAGGAAUUCCCCAGACAAUCACAGCUUUUGGAUUGAAGCAUUUUCUCAAUGACCUUGGAUGCAAACUUAUUUUGUACAUUCAGCGAGUGGGCAGGAGUGUGUCCAUUGUCAUCACCUGCCUCUUGAGUGUCUUCCAGAACAUCACCAUCAGCCCCAUGAACUCCUGUUGGCAGGAUCUCAAAGGAAAAGCUCCCAAGUACAUUGGCUUCUCCAUUUUCCUCUGCUGGAUCCUGUACAUGGUGGUGAAUUCCAUUUUUCCUCUCUAUAUGCUCAGCAAAUGGAGUAGUGAAAACCUGACAGAGAAAAGAGAUUUUGGGUACUGUGCUUCUGCAGGUCGUGACAAAAUAACCAACUCGUUAUAUGCAGCCUUAUUUGUAUUUCCUGAAGUUGUCUUUUCUGUGCUCAUGAUCUGGUCCAGUGGCUCCAUGGUUCUCCUUCUGUACAGGCACAAGCAGAGGGUUCAGCACAUUCACAGCAUCAAAGUUUCCCCCAGAACCUCCCCUGAGUCCAGAGCCACCCAGAGAAUCCUUGUCCUGGUGGGCACCUUUGUGACUUUCCACACCCUCCCCUCCCUAUUGAACGUUCAUAUUGCUCUAUUUUCCAUCCCCACAGGGUGGCUGGUGGACACCAAUGACCUAAUAGCAGUGUGUUUCCCCACUGUCAGCCCCUUUAUUCUCAUGAGCCGUGAGUCCACUGUAUCCACUUUAUCCAGGCUCUUCUUCAUCCGCAUAAAGAAUACAAAGUCCUGCUGGGUACUGUGGCAUGUGCAUGAAACCCCAGCAACUCGGGGAGCUAAGACAGGAGCAUCCCAACUUAAAGGCCAGCCUCAUCAAGUUAGUAAGUCCCUGUCUUAGAAAUGAGAAAGAAAAAGAGAUGGAGAUGAAGCUCAGUGGUACUCAGUGGUAAAGCACCCAGGGUUCAGUCCCCAGUAUCAGGAUACAACUCAAACGUUUCCCCAUUGUAUCAUAAGUACAUGAUUGCAUGUUUUCGCAUCACGUUCACUAGCCAUCCUAGUUCCUGUUGAUCAAAUGGAAUGGAUGAGUCCUCAGUCCUUCCAGGUCAUUUGAAUCAAGUGCUGCUCUCCUGGAAAGUUGGCCUGGAGCAAAUGCAUUGGAGAAAUGAGUGUGGACCUGUGGGAGGAUAAUUCUCCUUAGCAUCGCCAGUAAGUUUUUA